GAUGAAACAAUUUAUUUGUGUUUAAUUUGGUUAAUUGAAUGAAAAAUUAGUUACUGUUUAUCAUUUUCAUCAACACUUCACCAUUAAUCAAUCAACUGGAUUAUAACUACCAUUCAAUCCGUUUCCCCUCAACUCUUGCUUUUUGUUUUGUUGCCUUUUCCCCUCAAGUUUGCUCCUCAUCAGUUGAUGGUUUCUCUUCAUUUAUGCCUUUUCCCUUCUCUCUCUUUCUAUUUCUUGUCUGUUUUAUGUUCAUUUAGCUUGUCUUAGCAACUCUCUCUCUCACACACACACUCUCUUUCUUCCUUCCUUUCUCUCUCUUUCUCCCUCUCUUUCUCUCUUUCGCUAAAGGUGCUGUUAUCAUUGCUAUUGCUGUUGCUGUUGUUAAGUUGAUAGUUUGAUUAAGGUUCUGUGCUGUUCAGUUUUACCCUUGCUUGUCGGUUUUGUAUACACCAAGUGUUCAUCACAUUGCUUCUGAAUAAACAUAUAUAACGACCUUGAUUGUGAUCAUAGUAAGCACUGAAACAAUUCAGAUUGUUCAAAGAUACUUGCUAAUGGAAACGAAAUUUCCACCAAUCUCGACGAUGGCCAGUUUUGUCGAGUUUUUUCAAAAAGGCAAAGUACGAAACAAGUACAGUAAAACUAACACUUUUAGACCAAAAAAGAAAUUCGAACCAGGAACUUUACGCUAUUCAUUACAUAAACAUGCCCAAGCAUCUCUCAAUUCUGGUAUCAAUUUGUAUGAAGCUGUUAAAUUACCUCCAGGAGAAAAUCUUGCCGACUGGAUAGCAGUUCAUGUUGUUGACUUUUUCAACCGAAUCAACCUUAUUUAUGGUACAAUUACAGACUAUUGUACAGAAGAGUCAUGUCCAAGAAUGUCGGGUGGUCCCAAAUUUGAAUAUCUUUGGGUUGAUGGUAAAAAAUACAAAAAACCAACUCCACUUCCAGCACCAAAAUAUGUCGGUUUCCUUAUGGAUUGGACUGAAGCUCAGAUCAAUAAUGACGAAAUAUUUCCUGUUAAAACAGAUGUACCUUUUCCCAAAAAUUUUGUCCCCACCUGUAAGAAAAUAUUGACUCGAUUGUUCAGAGUUUUUGUCCAUGUAUAUAUCCACCAUUUUGAUCGAUUGGUUGCAAUUGGUGCUGAAGCUCACGUUAAUACCUGUUAUAAGCACUUCUAUUAUUUUGUCACGGAAUUUGAUUUGGUUUCUCAUAAGGAAUUUGAACCUUUGACUGAAUUAACCCGGAGGAUUUGUCAUAUACCACAAAGAAAUUAUGAUAAUCAUCAUCAAAGAUAGAUAAAUACUCGUCCAUAAUUGGUGUAUUUACUGUUGACCAUCAACUUACAUUGUAACUUCAGUCAUCUUCACCAACUUUAAUCAUUGUAACUCAUUGCUUUUCUGUUAUUGGCUUUUUUCUGGAUUCUUUUAUCAUAAUUAUGGUUAAUCCAUGAUUAAUCAGUAGACAGGAGAUGCAAUUAAAUCAAGUCAUCAUCAUCUUCAUUUUCACUUUAUAAGUCUUCACCUUUUCACUAUGGAUCACGAUGUAAAUCAUUUACUUUCAUCUUCGAGCACUUUUUUGUACUCUUCUUGCUGCCCUACAUCUUCAUCGGCACCAAUAACGAUGAUAAUUACCAGUAGUAAUAAUAACAUUAAUCAAAUUGCCGAUUCUCAAUCUAAUUGACUAAAAUGGAUUCAUCAAAGAGUUGAUUGCGAUAAAAGGAGUGAUUUAUUGGCUGCUAAAUUUUACCUUCUUACCUGACCAAACAAGAUUUGAGAACGUUAUUUACAAAUCAAAUUAUCUUUCAUGAAUGAUGAAAUUUUUUGGUGAAACAAUCAUUUUGGGAUUGAAUCACGAGUAAAAAUGUAAAUUACAAUCAACAAUAUGAUUGUAAUUAUUUUGCAGCAAAAAAUUUUGUUACCAUCAGCUCAUUUGAACAUGUAAUGAUGUAUGUACAAUGUUCAAAGUGAUAUACAGUAGUGUUGGUCAACAUCAAAAUCAACUGAAACAUUGAUGCUAAUUUAACAAUUAUAAUUACAAUUUUCCUGUACAUACGAGCAAGCAUGAUAACAAAAAUGAAAUAAUAAUGAAACAUUAAAAAAUAGCUCAAAUUGUAAA